AAUAUGGCUAAGUAUUUAUUUCUUUUAACAAUUGUAACAGUAACUGGUGCGCUGGCGUCUCAUGAAACGCUGAAGAGUAUAACCUAUAGCUUCUUAAAGGUGUUAGAAGAAUGCAAGCAUGAGUUAAAUCUCACAGACAACAUUCUAGUAGAUUUAUACCACUUCUGGAAGGAAGAUGCUGCGCUAAUCAAGCGUGAUACAGGCUGUGCUAUCGCGUGCAUGAGCAAGAAGUUGGACUUGGUAGAUCCUAGUGGUAAGCUGCAUCACGGCAAUGCGCAGGAGUUUGCUCUGAAACAUGGCGCAGAUGAAGAAGUAGCCAGAAAGCUGGUGACUAUGGUGCACGAAUGUGAGCAGAAACACGAAGUCAAUGACGAUUUGUGUCUUCGAGCCCUAGAAAUAGCAAAAUGCUUCAAAGGCGGCAUUCACGAAUUAAAUUGGGCGCCAAAAAUGGAGGUUAUGGUUGGGGAAGUACUAACUGAGGUGUGACCGUCUGCGGAAUAAUCUUUGUCUAUGGUUUUAUUAAUUGUAGCGUGUAUUGGUAAAGAUAGAUUUGAUUUGUUCAUGUUUUGAUAAUGAGUUUGUCUAUGUGAAUUAAUGAAUGGGUAUAUGGACAAAGAGUAGUUAAAUUGUAGAAAAAUA